GUCCUGAUACCGUAUGAAUUUCUACGCAUCCACACAUCUCAUUUAAACGUUCGCAUCGGUACAAAAAUAAACAUUUACGGAUCUGUAGCUAAUUAACGCUCAUCAUUAUGCAAAUACAAAUUCUGCAAGUGGUUAUAAUAUCUAGUAUGCCAUAAUGAAAACGGUUCUGUAUAACUUUGUUUGUAGCAUUCACUCUUUAGUAGUUAUUUCUGUAGACAUCUUAUAUAUGAUCGUUUUAUUCUUCAAUUUAAACUUUCCAUUUACUACUUUGCGUAAUUAACACGUUGAAUGCCUUAGGGGGCCACCAGUGACCAUCACUACGAAUUCAGUAUUAUAGAGUAACUGAAAGAAGCAUCAAAUUCUAAAUAUAAUUAAUAUUGUAUAAAAAAAAAAUUAGAAAAUGAAAUAUGGUAAUUUAAAUUAUUUAUAAUUGGAGCGCGCCGUGUUGCCGGCAACCGUUUGUACGUACACGUCAACUCCUUAAUUACUGCAGUAGAAAGGGGCACAUGUGGUCAGGCAUAUCAAAACUUUAAUUACCAAAGAUACCAAUAGUUACUUUUUUAAUUUAAGUUUCGACUCUAUUAUUCUUUGUUAUUCUUCACAGUUCCAUAUCGUUACGAAAGGAAAACCCAUUUAGAUGAUCUUCUCAGUUAAUUCACAAGCUGAUUGUUGUGGACCAUUAUAAAGUAGAGCUUCUUAGUGCUCCUCCUCGUCGAACUGAAAUAGACGACCAGAAUGUGACUCAUCAUUUAUGAUAAAAUUGCCCUUCUAGAAUUGUGAAAAUCAUUUAUGUCCUGUUCUAUCCGCAACGUAAUGUUUUCCAUAAACGGUAUAGAAUGUCACGGGCACCUUCAAUGACUUCAAAACAACGAUUAAAUUCAUGAGGUAUUACGAGCCUGCAAAAUGAAAACCGCACGAACUCGGAGAACCAUUUCCAGUACAUCGGUCAACCAGUUAAUUCGCCAAUUAUUUUGUCAGCAGCAGAAAGAGAAAAAGAGAAUUUAAAAUCAAGAUCCUAUCGUUAUAAUAAGUAUUAUUUCAAAUCUAAUAAACGAAUAGUGUAUUAGUGUACAAGGAAACGAGUUGCGCCCUCUUUUAGUCACAGGUGUACACACUGAGAAGCAAUUUAAUGACGCGAACGCCAGCAGCGCUGUUCAACUCUAUUUCAGUACUCAGGGCGCGUUCAAUCGAAGUGGUUGGUUAUGCACAUGUAAUAAAGAAAAAGGUUUGCAUUUUGUGACAGCACGUUACACGGUGGAUAUCGAUCGAAAAGUAAUAUCACCAGACUGGAAGCUGGCUAAACGACUCGCAUCGAAUAAAUCUUUCAGUGAAUCGAAGAAUUUUCAUCGACCGUUCGCUGUCACAGUAAGCGAAAACACCGCGAAAACCCUGGGAACAUUUCUCGUGGUGUCGCAUGCACAUUCCUGCACCAAUACACGCAUGCACGCCUUAUAAGUGAUCCUGUAUUACCUCAAUGAAGAAGAACGAAGACGAAGCGUGCAUGCUGAGGACAGCAAAGUUUAGUGACCCACCCAAGAUCGGCUGGGAAGUCCUUAUGGUAGCUGAAGGCCGUGGAGGACCAUUCCCGAGCGAGAUCCAAGGGCUGAAGGGCUGGCCCCGUCGUUGGAUCCACUCGGCCAGUACUUAUAUUUAGAAUAAAUAUGACCGACAGAAACGAGAAUUUCUUAUGCGAAACCGAGGAUGAAUCGAGCGGACAACCUAUACCCUAUAAACCUGCUUGCAAUUGGAACAACAAUAACGAUAUUCAUGGUAAUGGUUCAAGGAACAUCGUCAAGAAGGACGGAGGAUUAUGCGUGAUCAAGGAUUCGAAUUAUUUUCAAAGACCCGUCAAUCAUUACAAAGAUCAAACUAAUUUGAAUGGUCGUCAUCCGAAGAGAGCGCCCAUCGUUGGUUGGCAAAAUGGAAGUCCAACGGUGUUUCCAAGCACACCGUGCGGCACACCUGACCCAGACACACUGGAGACGAUCGAUCUGUCUCGUUCCCAAAGCGUCGUGUCCACGAAGAGUUCAGGUAUAUGCCAGGAUUCUGGUAACACCGAGGAUCUCAGCAGUCUGGCCGACGAAAGACUCCUUCAGUCUACACCGGCACGCACCAUCGACAGAAGCGUGGAAUCUUUGUCGCCUGACAAAGACACCUUCUUAACUUUGUCACCAGAAAUAGGAAGGAGCAAGGAUCUAAGCUUGGCCGAUGAUCUUGAGGAUAAGAUUGAUCUACUCAGCCCUGGAACGGACUGCACCGAGGACAGGGUACCGCCUACCCCUAUGGAAACCAGCUACCUCAGCUCCCCUAAUCUAACGCUAGGACCAAGUCCCACUAACAAGCACGAAUUAGCAGCGUUGAACUUCGAAUCCCAUCCGAUUCACAGAACCGAAGAGAUAAGCAAUUUUCAGAGCUACCCAGAUACCAGAACCAUCAUCACCCCGAAUCCAGGCUUCAGAGAGGAUGAUUGUAGAGAUUCCAUUGACUCUGAUUUAGACUUGGAUGGGGAUUUAGCUAAGAACCAGACGGUCAAGCCUAAAGUACCUGACGGUGGUUGGGGUUGGGUGGUUGUAUUAGCUUCUCUGAUCAUCUCCAUGAUAGCCGAUGGUGUGUCUUUCAGUUUCGGAUUGUUGUACAUUGAAUUCCUUCAGGAAUUCGGUGCGUCCAAGUCGAAGACCGCUUGGAUAGGUUCGUUGUUCAUGGCGGUACCACUUUUGUCAGGUCCUAUUAUGUCUGCGUUGGUUGAUCGUUACGGAUGCAGGGCCAUGACUAUUCUCGGUGGUUUGAUCUCCGGCAUCGGCUUCGUGCUCAGUUGUUUCAGCAACACCAUCGAGGUAAUGUACUUAACUUUUGGAGUGAUUGCGGGUAUCGGUCUGGGUCUGUGCUACGUCACUGCGGUCGUGAGCAUCGCGUAUUGGUUCGACAAGAAACGAACCCUAGCUGUAGGUCUAGGCGCCUGUGGCACUGGUAUCGGUACCUUCGUCUACGCCCCCAUGACCACCUUCUUCAUCGAGGAGUACGGAUGGCGUGGUACCUGUCUGAUGUUAGCUGGCACCUUCUUCAACAUGAUCGUCUGCGGGACCGUGAUGCGUGAUCCAGAGUGGUGGAUCAUCGAGCAGCAGAAACAGAAUGGAACGACACCGAAGAAGUCCACUACCAAGUCCGAGUGCGAUAGAUCUAUAGCAAGUCCCGAGGAUGAGUUCCCUGGGGUGGAGGAGCUUAGGAGGAUGCUGAAGAGCGGACACACACCGGAGUACCUUUUGCAGAUUCUCAGUACCACCACUGAGGAUCCACUGAAUGGAGAUAUCAAAUUCAGAAGCGUUGUUAAUUUGCCCACCUUUGUGAAACAUAACGAGAAGGUGCCUGUGGAGGUAUUAGAACUGCUUGCCAGUAAUCCAAGGCUCUACAAGGUCAUUCUGGAGAACUAUCCCAAUCUUCUAUCCUGUAGAAGUUACUCGGAUAAAAAGUUACACGAAUCCGUUGGGGAAGUUGGCAACAAGAGUGUCGUUACAAUGUCUAUGAGGUUGAAGCAAGCAAACGAUGGGCCAAAGGGUGAAGAUUCUCAUGCGACGAACAAUUAUCAUUCUGGAUCAGCGUGUAAUUCCAUUAAGAAUCAUAUAACUAAAAAGAUAGUUAAAAAGGAAUCUGAAGAAGCAAAUCCUUUAUUGACCAAAGAACUUGAACAUACAACAACCGAAGGUCGAAAAGUAAAGUCUGCGUCAAGAGGUAUAGGAGAACUGAAUUGUGGUGUUGUCAGAACAGAUUCACUCCCAUGGUUGAGAAGACAAUUUAAUACUAAUACUCACUAUUUCAAGGAUAUUAGAAUUCAUAGAAACUCGGUUAUGUAUCGUGGUGCUGCUCUGAAUUUGCACAAGUACAGAUUAAGGGCCAGUAGCUGUCCUGAUAUUUACAGGAACAGCAUGACUACAUUGGCGAAAGAAAAUGAAGAGAAAUGGUACAGCGAAUUGGUAGAUUUAUUGAAGGGUAUGAUGGAUUUCUCAAUGUUCCUGGAAUUACACUUUUUAUUGCUAUCGCUAUCAACGAUCUUGUUGUUUACUUGGUUUAUCGUGCCUUAUUUUUAUCUUGCCGAACACUUAACCAGAAACAGUUACACCGAAUCCGAUGCUGCAAAUCUUCUUAGUAUUAUCGGCAUCACCAACACCAUUGGAAUGAUUGGUCUUGGUUGGGCUGGCGAUCAACCUUGGAUGAACGUUAGCAAAACAUACACUUGGUGUUUGGUUGCCUGUGGUAUAGCAACAGUUUUAAUGUCAAUAUUAACUCCUUACUAUAACUUGUUGAUGGUUACCUCAGCAGCAUUUGGCCUGUUUUUUGCCAGUAACUUUAGCUUCACUCCUGUUAUACUUGUAGAAUUGAUACCUCUUGAGAGAUUCACCACUGCCUAUGGCCUUAGCCUCUUGUGUCAAGGGAUUGGAAAUCUUCUUGGUCCACCAUUGGCUGGCUGGUUGUUUGAUGUAACAGACUCAUGGGAUUUGUCAUUUCACAUGGCUGGUGGGUGGAUCAUUGUUUCUGGACUUUUAGUAGGGCUUGUUCCUUAUACGAAAAAUAGGAAGAUCUGGGGUGAAGGUCCUAUUGAAAUGGAACGUGAGAAAGAUUGUUUAGCUUAAAUUUGUUUUAUUAAAUUUGAUAAACGUUCCAGUUGGGUACAUCGUAGUCGGCUGGAUAUUGAAAUCUAACUGAUGUUAAAAAGUUAUAUUAGUUUUGAAGGUGCUAAACUAUUUAAAGGGGUUCGCUCUUUAAAUUUGUUCGUAGGAAGGAUAGAUAGUAAAAUUGUUAGUUGGUUUAUACUUAUUUCCUUGUUAUUGUUACAGAAAAUCAGGAUUAGAAUAAUAAUUAUAUUUCUUUUAUUUUUUAGUUAUAUUAGUUUUUCCAUGUUUGGGGGAGCAAUUUACUUCUAGCCAUAUUUUUAAUUAUACAGUCAUAUUUUCGCGUACAGUGAUAAUAGUAGCAUUUAUAGAUCAAUAAUGAUAUUUGUCAAACAUAAUAUACAGUAAUGUAUAUUUAUUUAUAGGUUUAAUUAUUUAAAUCUACAAUCUACUCUAUUUUUCGAUUCAUAUGCACGAUAGGUAUUAAAUAGACAAAUAUAUCUUUUAUGAAAUUUAUUCAAAUAAUAUAUAUUUUCUUUAAAACAGGCUAUCGAGAAUCGAUAGCAUUCAUUCUAAAGUAGUAAAUAUCUAAGUAGCUAAAUGAAUCUUUUUUCAAAAAUUAUUUUAGCGAUAAAGCUUUUUACUAUGAAAUUGAAAGUAGUUGCUUGAUAAUUAUUUAACAAGUUAUACAUAUGUAUAACAUAUACAUUCAUAUUCGACCAGUUAUUAUAACUAUGAAAAUUGUAUAUGUAUUCGGUAAUUAACAAAAACGAUUAAAUUCGUGUAUUCGUAAAAGUGUUAAUCAAGGCAAGGAAUUUUUGGAGUGCAAACAGAAUUAGGUACACUUCUAAACUUUUGCCUUAUAGCGUCCAAUAUAUACGAAUAGCUAAAUCAAAAGUCUGUCGUGGAAACGAAAAUGAUGCAUUAUAAAUUUCGCAUCGUUGUAACGAAACGUCCUGGCCGUGAUCGUGUCGUUUUUUUCAGAAGAUAAAAACGUAGAAAAUUGCGUGAUCGAACAUUUAGAGUUCGCUGACUCCAGCGAGACUGUUGAUAAAAUAUUUUCGAAGUUCAAUGUUAUCUUGUUAUAUAAAUAUAUAUUGAAAAUUAACAAAUUCAUCCAACUUUUGGAUAAUUAUUUACAGCUUUUUCGAAACGUUUAAACAAUUUGACAAUUUUCAUAGGAAGACAAAACGUAGGAUUAUAAUAUAAUCAGUGUUUUACUUAAACAUUUCUUGAUGUCUGUACUUAAUACUCCUUUAAUUAAAACUUAUUAAAGAAUUUUUGUAUAUAGCCAAUAUUUUAUUAAAAUAACUAUAUGUAUAUAAAUAAUUAUCCGGGCAAUUAUUAUUAUAUGAAGGAUACAUAUAAUAUGCUUCCAAGUAUAAACUAGUCAACAAUGGCAAUCACGUUGUCGCAUUAACUUCCUUACAGUUGCAUUAUUCGUGGGAUAAAAAUUGAUAAACGUAUAUUCAAUGAAAUUUGAAAAGAAAAAAACAUAUAUUACCGAUGAAUUGUAAUGCCUGAAAUGUUAAUAACGUAUAUAUAAAUAGAUACGAACAUUUAUAUUUAUAUAAAUAUAUACAUACAAUACAGAAGAACGCAAUGAAAUUAUUUAAUUAAAAGAACGAAAGCGCAGAAAAGGACGGAGCUGAGAAAAAAAAAAAAAA